AUGAUAUUAAAUAAUAUUUAUUGUACUAAAGAAUUAAUAAUAAUUUUUAUUAAAGCAGAAUAUUUAGCAUUAAAAUAUAAUAAUUAUUUUAUAAUGCCUAUUCAUUUAAUAUUAAGUUUAUUAUUAACAAAUAAUUUAUGUACAAAAUUAUUGCAAAUAAAUAAAAAUUUAAUAAAUAAAAAAUUAAUAAAAUUUUUAUUAAAUAAAUAUAAAUAUAUUAAUAAAAAUAUUAUAAAUACAAUUUAUUCUAAUAAAAUUAUUAAUAUAUUAAAAACAUUAAAUAAUUUUAAUUUUAAAAUAAAUUCUUUUAGUUUAUUACUAAUAUUAUUAAAUGAAAAUAAUUCAGAUAUAAAUUAUUUAUUAAAAUAUUUAAAUAUAAAUUUUAAAAAUUUAUAUUUAACUUAUAUAAAUAACAAUAUAUUCCCUAAAAUAAUAAAAGAAAAAUUAAAUGAAAUUUUUCAUAAUAAUUUAAAUAAUAUAUAUAAAUCUAAUAUAAAUUUUUAUAAAAAACAAUAUAUACAAUUAUUGCAAAUUUUAAAUUUAAAAAUUAAAAAACACAUAAUAUUAUUAGGAGAUGAAAAAAAUAUAUUAUCAUUUAUUCAAUUAUUUAUAAAAAAUAUAAAUAAUAAAAUAGUUCCUAUAUAUUUACAAUAUACUGAAGUAUGGAUAUUAAAAGAUUUUUUAAAUUAUGAUAUUCAAUAUUUAAUAUCUAAAAUAUUAAAUAUAUCUAAAUUUUUUAUAAAUAAUAAAUAUAAAUUAAUUUUAAUUAUAAAAAAUAUUGAAUUAUUUUAUAUAGAAAAUAAUGAUAAUAAAAUAAAUAAUAAAUUAAAUUAUUUAUAUUUAUUAUUAGAAAAAAUAAAUAAAUAUAAUAUACAUAUUAUAAUUAUUACAGAUAAAAAUAAAUAUAAUUAUUAUUUUAAAGAUAAUAUAAAAAAUUUAUUCUUUUAUAAUAUUGAAAUAAAAGAAUUAUCUAUUUUACAAACAUUUUUAAUAAUAAAAAAUAAUAUAAAUUAUCAUAAAAUAAAUAUUAAUAAUUAUUUUAUAUAUGAAUUAAUAAAUUUAAGUAAAAAAUAUAUAAAAGAAUCUAUUUUACCUAUAACACCUUUAAUUAUAUUUGAAAAUUUAUAUUCAAAAAAAUAUUUAAUAACACAUAAAAUUAAAUAUUUAAAUUUAAAUUAUUUAUUUACUAAAAAAAUAAAUUUAUAUAAUAAUAAAUUAACAAUAGAAGAUAUUAAAAAUUCAAUAGCUGAUUAUUUAAAUAUAUCAAAAAUAAAAUUAUUUAAAAAUAAUAAAAUAACUAUACAAGAUUUUAAAAAAUUAGAAAUUAAUUUAUAUAAAAAUAUACAUGGUCAAAAUCAUAUAUUUAAUAAAAUUUUACCUUCUAUAAAACAAAAUUUAUUAGGAUUAAAAUCUAAAAAUAAACCAAUUGGUAGUUGGAUUUUAUGUGGACCAAGUGGAACAGGUAAAACUGAAUUAGCAAAAAUAUUAGCCAAACAAUUAUUUGGUUCAGAAACAGAAUUAAUAAGAUUUGAUAUGAGUGAAUAUAUGGAAAAACAUUCUAUCUCUAGAUUAAUUGGUUCUCCACCAGGUUAUAUAGGUUAUUCAGAAGGAGGACAAUUAACAGAACAAGUAUAUAAAAAACCAUAUACAAUAAUUUUAUUUGAUGAAAUUGAAAAAGCUCAUCCUGAUAUAUAUAAUAUAAUGUUACAAAUAUUAGAUGAAGGUAGAUUAACUGAUACUACUGGUAAAUUAAUAGAUUUUACAAAUACUAUAAUUUUAUUAACUAGUAACUUAGGAUGCCCUAAAAAUUAUGAUAUGUAUUUAAAAAAUAAAAAUUAUUUAUCAAAUUUUGAUUUAGAACAAAUAAAUAAAAAUAUAAAAUUAAGUAUUAAUAAUUAUUUUAAACCAGAAUUAUUAAAUAGAUUAACUAAUAUAUUAAUUUUUAAUCCUUUAAAUAUAAAUAAUUUAUUAUUAAUUUUUAAUAAAUUUAUACAAGAAUUAAAAAUAAAAUUAAAUCUAAAUAAAAUAAAUAUUAAUAUAUGUAUACAUAAUAAAAUUAAAUAUAUCUUAACUAAAAUAUCAUAUAAUCCUUUAUAUGGAGCUCGUCCUUUAAAAAGAAUAUUAGAAUUAAUAUUUGAUAAAUCUAUAAGUGAUUUAUUAUUAAUUUAUAAUAAACAUUAUUUUUUACAAAAUAAAUAUAUAUUAUAUUAUUAUUUAAAUAAAUAUUAUAAUUUAAGUUAUAAUAUUUAUUUAUCAUAA